UAAGCCACGAGGCAUGGACCACGAUGGAUUAGAGGUAUAUUUGUCUGCACUAGUCUUCCAUUAUUAUCACUUUUUUUCUCUCCACAUUCAAAUCGAAUGUCUGUUACCUACUUCAAUCUCGACUCCCCCCCCUUCAUCAGCUACUAAUUAGUUGGCACCUGUCUUCAUGCUCUAAUAAGACUUCGAGGGGUUCUAUUACCAACUUGAAAAAGUAGACACAUUAUUUUCGGUACAGAUGCCGCCUCAAAUUGCAGCUACGGCUAGUCCUCCCUUGGGCGAGGAGACUAGCGGUUUCGUCAAGACCGAAGACACCGAAGACGGCGAGCCCCGUCAUAAACGCAAGAGAGAUGAAGACGAAACAAAUCCAACCCCAUUGAAACUUCAAUUUUAUGAAGUUGACGAAAACAACAUUAUCAGGGCUCUCUACCCCUGCCCGGCCAGUGAAUCGAAAAGGGUUCCGCUUCCAGCCCGCAAAGGCAUUUUGGUGCCCAGAACCGGUCGUAAUCCAAUUCAGUGGCGACCACAUGGUGAAGUCGCCGUAGAAGUUACGGAAUUCAAGGAGGCAAUAGCCCUUCAUGAUUUGGUGGAUGGGAGCAACGUUGACCUCAUGGUCGUUUCCCGAGAUUAUGCCAUCAUUCAGGGCCAAAGUGACCAGGUAAUGGAAAUGUUGAAGAGCGUAUCUGAUUUAUGGAAUUCAGAUGGCAAAAUCAAUCUGCUCUUUUCCAAACUUUAUGUAUCAGGAAAAAGCGGACUUUCAGUUCGGCGAAAGAUGAGGAAGGGGGGCCUAGUCGACAUUCACCGCAAAUAUAUACCGAUGGAUUGGAAGGAAGCAGCCCAAUUGAUGAAUAAGGCCUUCACUUCGGUAAACGAUCUUCCUCUCAUCAUCAUUGACGUUAGACGAAAAGAAAACCCGCCGCAAGAAGGUAGUAAGCCUUUGUAAUACGGACGUCGAUUAGUGCCGAUCCCGGAUGGCU